UAACAACAAAAGAUCCUGGAACUCUCUGGCCCAAGUCGCUGGACGGGUUCCGUGCUGCAUGUGCCGCGCCGCUCCAUUGCCGCAAGCAGUCUCCGGAGCAGCUACCUAGCGUCAGGGCGCGUCUAUCCGUCGGGCUAGAGCAAGAUUCUCAACUUAAACUCAGGCAAAUCCGAGUUUAAACAGAUUACAGAUCACUGUUGAAAAAAGUCGUAGAAGAAAAUUUGAUAGUGGCUAACAUUUACAAGUUGUCCCGCGUUUGAAUAAUAAUGACCGAGCCAGUUAUUUGGUGCUCGCCCUAUCGAACCCAGAAGCACGAAAAGUGUAGUUGCUGAAACGGUUCAGAGCCUUUAUACUCGUCUAAGCAGUGACGAGGUGCCAAGUUCGCAACUACUCGUCGUUCAGACUUUUUCUCCGCGGUUGUUUUCACAGAUUUCAGUGCAGUUUCAACGAAAAUGUGGUUUUAGAGUAUAAUUUUACUUCAAUUUUAGGACCACUGCUUGCAACGCUCGUUGGACCAAAAAUUUCUAUGCCGAUUUCCGGAUCAGUGCACAAAUAUAAUACUCAAGAUCCUACAGUCCGUUAAAUACUUUCCGUCGAACAUUCAUAUCCAGAACAAAUAUUUUACUACAUGUUGCUGAACUAGAGUUUGCUUGUCUCCGUCAGCAAUGGGCUUCCCAGUAAAGGCCUAUCAGCUCUUUUUGACUGCCGCAGCACUAAUGUGUUCCACGACCGCAGAAUCACGAGAAUCUUGUGGACUUCACACACGGCUUCCGACCAGCAGCGUUCAAUACAAAGUGGCUGAAAGUUGUACUUCACCAUGCGAGGUUUGGAGCAGUUACGGAACAUGCAUGGUUGACCCGACGUGUUUCUUCAAGUUAACUCUUGCUUUAGUUCAACCGGCUGAUUACGAGUACGUUCUGGACUUGAUAAAUGUUCAGAAUCCUACCGAUAUUGAAAAGAGAAUGAAACAAGUUCCUGCGAUUGUAAAACAUAGAGCAUCAAAAGAAAUUGAUGAUUUAUUCGAAAAAUUAACAGAAAUCUACGUCAGUGGGACCAAUUACGAAGCCAAAAUAGUCCAAUCGGAAGACCAAAUUUCAUCCAACAGUCCCGCUUUUAACUUCGACGUCCCAGCUGAUGGAAACAAUAAGACUUGCUCUGAACCCUGUGUUGUUCUUGACAAGAAAAAGUGUAGACUAAACUUCUUGUGCUAUUUCAUGUUGGAAAUAAAAAAGCUUAUUCAACAGAACUAUCCACUGAGCUACCUGCUUGAUUUAUCCUCACUAGAUGAUGAACUUCUCAGGUUUGAUCACGAUGCGGUGUUGUCGGAGCUCAUAGAAACUUUAAAGAUUGUAAAAAUACAACUCAGGACUUUUCUCGUGUUCACUUACCGCACCUUCAACGUGAUGGUGGACAUCAAUAACCGCAACAUUGAUCUCAUUUCGAGCUACAUGAAACUGCGUGCAUUGAGCCAAACUAGUAACGCUGAAUCAUGUACCUCCAACGACUACUUGUCUCUGAUCCACCGGCCACAGAAAUUAAAAUGUUUCGAGGAGUCAUUGUUAUUCAUAGAAGACACUAUGCAAAAGCCGCAACUCAGUUUUGGACCAGAUGGAGGAGGCACCGGUGGAGGAGGCAUCGCUGGAGGAGGCUUCGGUGGAGGAGGCUUCAGUUCAGCAGGCUUCGGUGGAGGAGGCUUCAGUUCAGCAGGCUUCGGUGGAGGAGGCGGAUUCAUCAACCCAGGGUCGAAUUGCCCCACUGACUGCCAGAAGCGAGACAGGAACAACGAUUGCAUCAGUGAUGUUCAAUGCUUCGCGAGAAAAUACAAUUUUUAAUAUAAAAAUUUCCAUUAAAAAUAGCACUAUGACCUCAAAAUUCUGAUUCAUGUCUCAACUAGGGCCUUGCGCGUUAAUACACAUAUCUUUAAUUUGUAUUGAAAAUUUAAAAAACAAACAGGUCACCGGUAUUUAAAAAACAAAACAGGUCACCGGUAUUUACCCGACUCCCUUGCAAGUUUUCUCUAUGACGGCUCAGAAAAAUACCACAAAACAAGUCAUCAAUCUCUACUUAAGUAAACUCAUUAGCGAUAUAGUAAUUGGAUCCUUCUUCUGCGUAUUAUUUCUAUUCCAUUUCUAAUUAAUUUAGAAGCUCAAGAGCCCGACGUGAUCGAAGGGUUACAUAUUGAAUUUACAGCACCUUUGAUAAGUUCUAAGUUCAAUUACACUAAAAAACUUGACGCAUUAUUCAGUAGCAACAUGCAGUGCAGCUGUCAAGAUUCAUCAUACAGAUGAUCGAGUGAACCAAAUUUUCCAGGUCCACGUUAUUGUUUAAAAUUAUUUGGAAUAAAUCCUUUUCGGGUGGAUACGAUAGGCGGAGUGUAGCUGAUUUGGUGCACAUAAAUACGUAUUGUGGAUGACCUUCCGCCUAUAGUGUUCGUGGCAUCUAUAGAUGAAAAUAAUUCACUAUAAUUAUCAAUGUAUAUUCCAAUGUGGACCAUUAAAUAAUGUUAUGAUACAUAUUAAUAAUUUCAUCUACCGUACUGGGUUGAAAUGGCUGGCGAUAGUAAGUAGUCGUGAUAUUCCAGCAGUUUCUUUCUUUCUUUCAGGAAAAUAUUUCCAGCAGUACUUCACGUUCAGGUUUUAUUUUUUGCUAAACUGAAAUUAGAGAAAAGAAUGGAUACAUUUUUGUUUCGAGACUUAUAGACCGUUGUAGAGGUUGUCUUGAUCUAAUAAUAAUUCAAAUGGUCUUCAAGAUCUAUUUCAUCCUUUUGGGGAUAUACAGAAUUGUUGCUGUUUUUGCUACGUGAAUAAAGCACAUAGGUAAUGCUAACCAUUUUAUAUUAUAAUAUUGAAAAUAUCGGUGUUGCGAAGUAGAGAAGGGACUGAACUAUGUUAAGCAAUUAUUGGCAGGAUGUGACUUGACCGCAAAGUUAGGGAAGAAAAUCGUGAGACCGAGGGUUUGUUUAUAGUUUGGAAUGGCGAGGCUAUCAAAGGGAACCCUUAUGGAACUCAAAACCGUCGCGGCGUCACUUCGAGGGGAUAGGCUUAAACGAGGGCGACACCAGCGUAUAAAAGGGCCCUAAAAUUCGCGCCAAAGGUGACCUACGGAGGUGACCGUCACGCGAGUACGGUCUGCAGUAUGCGGACGUUGUGAGGGCUCCGGCCGUGAGGCCCGCGGUUUCACCGUUUUUGAACACUGACGGUCGCAAGAAACCUAGACUUUUCGAGGCAGCUAUGAUUUCUGUGAGCGCGUCUUAAAUCUACAACGUACAGUCGACAUCAACGCUACGACUGCUACUCGGCCGUGAGGCGCGACUCAGCCGUAAGCCAAUGCGGGAGGGCCGCGAGUUGUACAACGAUUAAAAACGCCCGCCAUCAGAAGAUUCAAGUUUUCAAGUAACGAGCAACAAUUAUCUUCGGUACGGUCACAGUUCUCAUUAGAAGAAACGAUAAGGGCACAGUCAUCAACCGAAGAGCGGUCGUCAUAAAUUCUACGGUUAGGCUGGCCGUGAGACAUCUAUAUCAGCGAGACACGACGGUUAUGAAGAAAGAGGAACUGUGAAAGAAUUCGCUGGAAUACAGCAGCGGCUUCGUCCACUCAAAGGAACUGCAACGGAUCAACGUCUCUAUUAAAUAGAGCUAUUCGAGUGAUUUAAACUGAUUGAUUUUCAAUUUUGAUUGUGUUUGGACUUUCUUUUUCAUGUGGUAGAGAUUGAUGUCAACGUAGAAUGUGAACUGGAGUUUCCCAAUUUAAUAUGAAAUAUA